AUGGGUUUGUUCGGACUUGGUGUCCCGGAACUUGCUGUGAUAGCUAUCGCGGCUGCCUUUUUGCUUGGACCUCAGAAGUUGGCAGAACUUGGAAAGGAUGCUGGAAAGAUUGCCGGGGAACUCAAAGAGGUGCCCGCGGAAUUUCAAAAAGGCCUACAGGAAGGUGAAACGAAAGCAAAAAGCCUAAAAGACGAAAUUUCUGUGAAGGAAGACGAAGAG